CGGCGGGGGCUCCCUCCUUCCUUCCCUGCCUCUUUUCCUCCCUCCCUCUGCCGUCCGUCCGUCCGUCCCUCCUGCCGCCCGCCCGCCCGCUCGGGGCGCAGGGCGGGAGGCGGGAGCGGCCCCCCCCCCCCGUCCCCCACCGCGCUCCGCACACGCGCACCGGGAGCCGCUCGGCCGUACCGGCGGAGCCGCCGCCGCCCGCCGCCAACCCCCGCCUCGGGGGCGGCUGCCCCGGCGGAGCCUCCAUCUGCAGCCCGGCGGCGGAGCGGGAACAUGGCGGACCUGGAGGCGGUGCUGGCCGAUGUCAGCUACCUGAUGGCGAUGGAGAAGAGCAAGAGCACCCCGGCGGCCAGGGCCAGCAAGAAGAUCACCCUGCCCGAGCCCAGUAUCCGCAGCGUUAUGCAGAAAUACCUCGAGGAAAGGGGUGAAUUAACCUUCGACAAGAUCUUUCAUCAGAAAAUUGGAUUUUUGCUCUUUAAAGACUAUUGCAUGAAUGAGAUCGAUGAAGCUGUCCCUCAGCUGAAGUUCUAUGAGGAGAUCAAGGAGUACGAGAAGCUGGACUCGGAGGAGGAGCGGCUGUCGCGGAGCCGGCAGAUCUACGACACCUACAUCAUGAAGGAGCUGCUCUCCUGUUCCCACCCUUUCUCAAAACAAGCUGUAGAUCAUGUACAAACACAUUUAGCCAAGAAACAAGUGCCAGCCAGCCUUUUCCAGCCAUAUAUAGAAGAAAUUUGUGAUAGCCUCCGAGGAAAAAUAUUUCAAAAAUUUAUGGAAAGUGACAAGUUUACUAGAUUUUGUCAAUGGAAAAAUGUAGAGCUAAAUAUUCAUCUGACCAUGAAUGAUUUUAGUGUACAUAGAAUAAUAGGAAGAGGGGGAUUUGGUGAAGUCUACGGCUGCAGAAAAGCAGACACUGGAAAAAUGUAUGCAAUGAAAUGUUUAGAUAAGAAGAGAAUCAAGAUGAAGCAAGGAGAAACAUUAGCCUUAAAUGAAAGAAUUAUGCUGUCUCUUGUCAGUACAGGAGACUGUCCUUUUAUAGUCUGUAUGACCUAUGCCUUCCACACCCCUGACAAGCUCUGCUUCAUUCUGGACCUCAUGAAUGGAGGAGAUUUGCACUACCACCUCUCCCAGCAUGGAGUGUUUUCUGAAAAAGAGAUGAGGUUUUAUGCUACUGAAAUCAUCCUGGGGCUAGAGCACAUGCACAAUCGCUUCGUGGUGUACAGAGACCUGAAGCCUGCAAAUAUCCUGCUGGAUGAACAUGGGCACGUGAGGAUAUCAGACCUUGGGCUGGCUUGUGACUUUUCCAAAAAGAAGCCACAUGCCAGUGUAGGAACCCACGGGUACAUGGCCCCCGAGGUGCUGCAGAAGGGCACAGCCUACGACAGCAGCGCCGACUGGUUCUCCCUGGGCUGCAUGCUCUUCAAGCUGCUGAGGGGGCACAGCCCUUUCAGGCAGCACAAAACCAAAGAUAAGCACGAGAUCGACCGGAUGACGCUCACCGUGAACGUGGAGCUCCCGGAUUCCUUUUCUCCCGAGCUGAAGUCCCUUCUGGAAGGGCUCCUGCAGCGGGAUGUGAGCAAGAGGCUUGGAUGCCAAGGAAGAAGCGCACAAGAAGUAAAGGAACAUCCUUUCUUCAAAGGCAUUGAUUGGCAGCAAGUCUAUUUACAGAAGUACACUCCCCCCCUGAUUCCUCCCCGGGGAGAAGUCAAUGCAGCAGAUGCUUUUGAUAUUGGCUCGUUUGAUGAAGAGGACACUAAAGGCAUUAAGUUGCUUGAUAGUGACCAGGAGUUAUAUAAGAACUUCCCUCUGGUAAUAUCGGAGCGUUGGCAGCAAGAAGUAGCAGAAACUGUUUAUGAUGCAGUAAAUGCAGACACAGAUAAAAUUGAGGCCAGAAAAAGGGCUAAAAAUAAGCAGCUUGGCCACGAGGAAGAUUAUGCCCUGGGGAAGGACUGUAUCAUGCAUGGGUACAUGCUCAAGCUGGGGAACCCCUUCCUGACUCAGUGGCAGCGGCGUUACUUUUACCUCUUCCCCAACCGGCUGGAGUGGCGAGGAGAAGGAGAGUCCCGGGACCUCUGGACUAUUUAUACAAAAAAACACAAACUGCAAAACCUGCUGACAAUGGAACAAAUAGUAUCUGUUGAAGAAACACAAAUUAAAGAUAAGAAAUGCAUCUUACUGAGAAUUAAAGGAGGAAAACAAUUUGUCCUACAGUGUGAGAGCGACCCCGAGUUUGUUCAGUGGAAAAAAGAGCUGACAGAGGCUUUCACCGAGGCGCAGAGGUUGCUGCGCCGGGCUCCAAAGUUCCUCAAUAAAUCCCGCUCCACAGUCGUAGAGCUCUCGAAGCCCCCGCUCAGCCACAGGAACAGCAACGGGCUGUAGGAGACACCGACCACGUUCCCACAGGGAGAGCUGCUUGGUGAACCUGCAGAGUGUCCCAGAACCCUUGUGAACGAAUGACUUUGUGCAGUCCUGGAGGCGGGACGCGCUCGGAAGAGGAGGAAUUCGAUGUUUACAGCGUGGGAUCACGUCAGGACUCUGUCUCCGGAGGCGGCGGGGGGGACCCCGCCCCGGCAGCGCUGGAAGUCACCAAGCGGAGAGGCUGCUCCUUGCUCCCACGCGUCCCCACCCCCGGCGGGGCCCGGCUGAGCUCCGUCCCUCUGGAACUACUGAUGGAAGGAAGAGGCUUUGUCCCUGCCGUGCGCCGGGCCGGGGGUGGCGCGGGUGCUGCUGGCUGGGUGACGCUCCCGCGGUGACACGGACGGAGCCGGAGCUGCCGCCUGGCCGUGGUGGGUGCCCCUCGCUCUGUCGUGUUGCCGUGUCCUUCCCGACCAUUACUGCUGACUCUCUGAUAACCUUGCUCCAUACUGCUGAUGAUCAACAGUGUGACUCUGAUGCACUUCAAAGUACUGAAUUCUAACUGUCCUGUGGUUUAAGUGUUAUUGCUACUUCAUGGGAGCGUUGAACUCGAAUUAUUCCCUGGGUUUGUUGUACUCACUAAUAGUAGCUACCACCGUUUUGCUUCUUCUACGUAUAUGCAGUACUAUAACUGACACAAUAGAGUAAUAAUUGGUGAAGAGGAAUUUAUGGUAGCUUCAUCUAGUGCUCUGUUGUAUAAAUUGACUAUUUUAGCACAGUUUUUAAAGAGCAGAUUCCUUUUGACAAGUUUACAGUGAACAUAAAAGACAGUUCUUUUCCAUUUCAGGUCAACUGCACUUUUUAAAAAACUAAAAAGAAAUUAUUCAAAUCCAGUGCAUUGUAGAGCAUGUGCUGGGUUCUGGUGUGUGUGGGUACCUCGGUACGUAUCCCAGAUCACUCCUCAGUCCUGGGACUCGGGAUCCUCCUCUGCUGUACACAGGUGUGUUCCCAUAGCAUAGAAAUCCCCAGAAAUCCCCAGUUCCCCCUGCAGCCCGGCCCGGGAGGUUCGUGCACAUAUCACAGCUUGGCUUGGGAGAGGAUCUCUCAUUUUCUGUUCUGAAGAGUUCAAACUGCCCACAGUGAAAGCAGUGUGAGAAAACUGAGCGUGGAGCUGACAGAACGAGCUGAGCAAGGGCCAGGUUUAUGCUAAUUCUACCUGAGGCAUCAAGUGUGCUGGGUGGAAAGCCUUGCUGAAGGAAAGAUCUCAUCCUGAGCUGUCCCACAGCUUCAAGCUGGGCCUUGUCCUGGGUGUCGUGGUGGUUUGUAAGAGAGAGGUCAGGGCUGAACUUCAGCUGUUUUUUCCAAUUCAGUGAACAGCUUAGAGAAGAUUUUUCUUCCCAGCUACAGAGGUACAACUCUCAGAGUCCCUGAAGACAGUGGAGCUGUGCCUGUGUAAGUGGGAGUAGAAGUUGUGCGUGGUUUGUCGAGCGUGUGUGGCUGUCAGAUCACCACAGAGUUCCUUGGAAGAAAAGUAGUAAAAGUGGCUCUGUUUGCUUCUGCAUGGGAGCUGGGUUUGCUGCACAGCUUGUGCAAACCCUGGCUGACCACCUGGGGCUGCACCAAAGGGAAAAUGCAUUCUGGAAAAUACCCCCUGAGAAAGUGGUUUCUUUCAAUUAUUUCCCCACACCCCUCCUAUUUAUUUUCCAAAUUAUUCUGUGUAAACAGCACCAGCCUCUCUUUUCAUUUCCACUGAGCAUCUCAGCUCCUCUGUAAGGAGCAGUGUCAGAGGUGGUUGGUCAGAGGUUGGACUUGAUGAUCUUAGAGGUCUUUCCUGACCAAAAAUAAUUCCAUGAUUCUUUGUGUGGUAUUUUAAAAGUGUUUGGGAUAAAAAAUAUCUCAUCCCGCUGGCGGUGGUUCAGCUUUCCCUACAAUACCAUGCAAUGCUCGUAUUUUUCUCCUUGAUUUAGAAAAAAGCCCUCAGAUUGUGUUAAAACCUUCUCACAGUUCUUGUGUAACUUGUUUUUACUUUCUUAGUCCCUGCUCAGUGCCAUUCUUUUCCUUCAGUUAUUUUCCAUGGCUGGAUUUCGCUCUCACUCCCUGUCAGCAGAAUGUGGUGCUGAUGUCAGUGAGGGAGGAACAGGUCAUCAGCUGGGAAAUUGUGCCUCAAACCCAGAGAUUUUAUAUGAAAUGAAGGCUGUAUAUUGUCUUAGGGAAAUAAAUUUAUUUUGAAAUGUGAUGGAGUUGGGGUGGCCCUGGAAUAUCCUCAUUAUCGUGCCCCAUCCAACCUCCAGUGGGAGGGGCAGGAAAAGAUUUGGAUUUCUUCAGCCAGCUGUGAUUUAUUGACAGUUGAAAAUAGCUUUAUUUUUGUGACUUGUGUCUAACUGUGCAGCUAGGAGAGGAGAGGUUAUCACAGUGACAAACUCCUGAAUGAAGGUGGGAUCCCAGUAAGAAAUGGGGCUCUGUGUGGAAGUGACUGGAUGUGUGGAGGGAGAGCUGGAAUUGCACCCUCCAAACCAAAAAGUCCUGGAUACUGCCCCAGUCUGCUCCUUCCUGGUGUAGGAACCAGAGUCUCUGAAGCUUUUGUUUUGGACAAAGAUUCCUGGUAGUGUUAAUUUGCAGGAGGGUUUUUGGCUGUGUGUUUAGGAUCCCUCGUUUAUUUGCUAAUUAUUUUGCAAACUCAUGAAACUGUUAAAGGAGCAUUUACUGUGGGGUGUUUUUUGUGUUUUUUUUUUUUUUUUUUUCCAAUCCUUCAUCCAAGUGUUGGCCAUCCACUUCUCCAAGUGUAAAUCUUCUUCCUCUUCGUUGUGUUUGAGCUUUUUGUGUUCCUGUCCCUGGUCCAGCAGAGCCUCGGCUGCAGGCUCACGGGUUCUUCCCGAAGUGCUGCUGUGAGAGAAGCUGGAGUAAUGCUGGAGUGCAUCCAGCUGGGAUUGACAUUCCUGGAAUGUUCCCCCACCCCCCAGCAGGCUUCAAAAAAUCUUGGAGCAGGCUAAUAAUAGCUGGAAGUGUGUCUGGAAGGGAAGCCUGGCAGGUAGGAGAGAGCAGCUUCAGGGAUAGACCUUGGCUUAGUCACAUUUGAGUUUUCCUCAAUUUCUUGGGGCUGCCCUGAGCAGAGACAGGAGUGGGACUCUGAUGAUCUUUUUGGGUCCCUUCCAGCUCAGGAUAUUCCAUGAUUCUGUGAUUCAGCACCUCCCCUUUACAAACCCAGUGGAAGAUUUUCCUCUCCCACUUCUCUCAAGGAGGGCAAAACCCAAAAAUUAAAUUGUGAGGUUGGGUUUGGCUUUGAGAUAAAUCAGGUGCUUGCAGCCCAGUGUGGAGGUGGUGGAAACACUGGUUUGUGUUAAAAAAAGGCUUGUUUUGGUUGUGAUCCUGCCCAAAGUGGCUGCUGCUGGUGCCCAGAGGAGCUCUCGGUGUUGAUGUUCCCUGAGCAGGACCAUCGUCAUUCCUCGGGUCUGCAGGGAAUCAGCUCAUGAGGAGUGAAAUCCCUGGAGCUCUGAGCUGCUCUUUCCCUGGCAGCUGGUCAGCUUUAGGAGCGGGUUCCUUGAUCCCAUGUCCAUAUCCGUGUCCCGCGGCCCUUGGCACGGCGGUGUCACCGCCCAGCACGUGGCACUGACGCGGCUCCUCUGCCUCGGAGGUGUUUGCACCCGAAAUAUCCCCAGAGGAAGGACUGUUUGAAGUGUACAGUAGACAAUAAAUAAUUCUAGUUGUGUUGAUUAAUAUAAGGAAUGAGUCAGUUCUACAAAUUAAAGAAAAUGAAAAUCUGAAAAGCGUAUUUUGACAAAGCAUAGUAUUAAUUUUAAUAUUGUAAAAAAAAAAAAAGGAAAAUAUCUAAAAUAUACAGAGAAAAUAUGUAUAUCCAAAUGUCUGAGGAGUUUCAAGAUAAUCUACUUUUGUUUUCUGUUGGUUUCUAUUCCAUGGUGUACAUAUUGUGUGGAUGGAACAUCGGCUGUUUUAAUACUAUUGUUAAAUUGUAUUUUUAUUUUGUGUUAAACUAAUCAUCACAGACUCAGCUUUAUUUUGUUUAUGUAAAGGUUGCUAUGCUCUGUAGGUAUAAACCCGAGAAUUCUAUUUUAACAGAAAAAGCAUUUUAUAUUAUUUAUUAAAUACAUGUUUCUCCAA